GUCUAUUCACUUCACAUUGGAAAUAUGCAAUCAGUUUUGGUUUACGGGCGGCAUUUUGCCCGUUGCGUCAUGGGGUACUUACCUUACGAUGCAUCAGCGAGCGUGGAGCUACCUGGCCGGCGUACCGCUCGGCGGAGAAUGCGGCUUGUUACCGCUUCGUGCGGUUUCUCCAAGGACUCGGCUGCAAAUAACAACAGGCCCGGCCAAGUGUUUAAAAAGGACAUUUUUGGCGAUGAUGCCUGUUUCGUUGCCAAGUAUAGAAACUAUGAUGUUUUAGGUGUAGCAGAUGGUGUUGGUGGCUGGAGAGAUUAUGGCAUCGAUCCCUCUCAAUUCCCUAGUCAGCUCAUGAAAUCGUGUGAAAGACUGGUCCGGUUAGGUCACUUCAAUGCUCUGUCACCGGUAGCCAUCAUAGCCACCAGUUACAAGGAACUAUUGGAAAGCAAAUCUCCGUGCAUAGGUAGCAGCACGGCGUGUAUUAUCAUCAUUGACAACGAGAGCAAGACAUUACACUCAGCCAACCUGGGCGAUUCUGGGUUUCUGGUGGUCCGAGGAGGUAAAGUUGUGCAUCGAUCCGAAGAGCAACAACAUUACUUCAACACUCCCUUCCAGCUAUCAAUAGCGCCCCCAGGGUUAAACACAAUUCUCAGUGACAGUCCCGAGUCAGCUUCGAGUUCAAGUGUGCCCAUCAAAGUUGGAGACGUCAUCCUGAUGGCAACAGACGGCCUAUUUGAUAACAUGCCAGAGAGUCUCAUCCUGAAAGAGAUAAGCAAAAUUAAGGAUCAGACAAUAAGUAGUAUACAAAGUGCGGUCAGUGCCAUAGCAGAAAGAGCCCGCGAGUUUGCCUAUGACCCCAACUACUUGUCACCAUUUGCUGAGCAUGCCAGGGAGAAUGGAAUGGAAUUCUUAGGAGGCAAGCCAGACGACAUCACUGUACUACUCUCAGCCGUUUGCUAUGCACAAGACAUUGAUUCAUAACAUAUAGCUCAGGGGAGCCGGACUAGUCUCCCUACAAGUACCUGACGAUAUAUCCCCUGCAUCACCGGAUAAGGCUUGUCAUAAAGACUAGGUCAUUCCACACCACUGAUCCCAUCCACAAAAACAAAAUCUGAAACGGACCUCUCUUUGAAUUUGUUGAUGUUUGUAGAGAGAGGGUUCACCAAAUGCAUCUAUCCACUUUUUUUUCUUGAGAUGCAAGCCUUUUCAGGCAGUCAAUUGUAAGCGUUUCAAAUCAGUUUUGUGCAGCAAGUCUUGAUGUCAUUAGGAUAGGCAUGACUGCGGAAUGUAGGCGCCAGCGUUUUGCCCAGGGGCCAAGCAAACUUGGGGAUUUAGGGAGCAAACCCUUAUUUAACCAGUGGUCAAGCAGUACACCUCUCAAUGUCUUAGGCUUGAGGGUGUGCUCAGGUGAUAAUGUGCAUUGUUGACAUUGAAUAUUAAAUCUUGUGUUUAGUCCCAAGACCGCAUGGCCAGCACACAUAACAGAAGGGUUUGUGCUGAAUUUGACUGGCAAUUUGCAAGGUCUUUCUAGAGAGUUUCUUAAACAGAGUAGGUCUACGUAGCACUGAUAAAGAAAUUGCAUUUUGACUGUGUAGCAUCCCACUUUCUUAGAGUGAUAUUCGUGCCCGAGUGAAGUGUGGUCCCCUCUUCUGUACAGGCACCUUGUGAAAACCAGUAUACCUUUUGGUUUGCCAGUUAACAAGUGUCAUUACUAGUCAUGCAAUAAGGUAACAGUUUGUGGCAUCUCUACCUAUGUACCUUUGCUUGGCCUUUCUGCACAUUUACAUGUGAAACCAAGUAGCCACGAUCCUUUCAGCUUCCAUGGGUAGCAAUAACACCGAGAUGGCCUAAUAUAUCAGAUCUCUUGGAAACUUUGUGAUAUGAGGAGUACGAUGGCCUAAAAGGGACAUCAAAAAUAUGAAUUUUAUUCAUGCCAUAAAAAUUCCUUCUCAAAAUAGAUGUUUUUUCUGACAUUAAACAUGCACCAUCAAUUUUCUUUGAAAUAUCCUAAAUAUGUGCAUGGAGGUACAUGUGGGAAUGGGAACCUACUUUUUAUAAGAAGGGCACAUAAAAUAAUCAUGGUCCAAAAACUGAUUUCAAGGAAAUUCAUGAACACAAUGUACAUCUAACUUCAGUAUUUGGUAUUUUCACUACUUUAGCUUCAGAAUCUCAGACGACUGUCUCAGAAAACUCCUGCUAUAUUUUCAUUUUCCUGCCCCAGGAACAACCUCUGUAGAACAAGGCAAAAAGUUCUGGAUAGAAAUUUCUGUCUGAUUUCAACUUGAAAGUUUUCUGAUUUACCCUGUAGCUUGACUUGAAGCCGGGGCAGAGCUGGUGAGAUGGCAAAUGGCAAAGGUGUCUGAGCCCAAGAGUUUCUCCCCAUUCCCUGAAACCUGCCGGAAAUGUUUCCCAGUUACUGAAUAGUUGAUAUGUGCAUGGUGUGGUCAUGAUGUUUUGUGUGGAUGUUGGACUCAGACCUAAAUAGUAUAAAUAUAGAGUGACCAUGGUGUGUUUCCACUCAGGUAAAAAAUAAAGUCAAUCAAAUAUACUAUCCUCCAUGAGGAAUCGCUGUUUAACCAAAUGAUGUACUCGAGAUGUAUUAACAAAAUUACAGAAUGAAGAAACUUGAUUUGAUUAGUUACUGCAUAUGAUGGGCCCCAGGAUGGGUCCCAGAAACAUUUUCAUCAGUUAAAUCUUUGCAUAUGUAAAGGGUAGAAAUGCAGAUCACAGGCUUCAUGUAUUGUAACCUAACAAAGGAGGGCUUAAGAAAUAAAGUUGCAUCACAUGAUCAUACACAUUAUGUCCAGUUUAAAUACUUUAUGAACAUGAUCCAUGUGAAGCUCUGCACAGGUUCACAUGGAUCAUGCACAGGAAGUAUUUAAACUGGACACGGUGUGUAUGAUCAUGUGAUGCAACUUAACAAGCUAACAAGAUAGAACCAAGUCAUCUGUUAGUGAUGGCGCCCUCUCUUGUUUUCAGCAUUUAUAGGCUCUCUCACUCAGAGUCCAUUGUCAAUUCAAGUGUAGCCUCUCUUUAAGAUUGGCAAGCGUGUUACGUAAUGUGAGAAAGAGUUUCCCUGCAAUGAGUACCGCAUACAGAAUCUUGCCGUAGGGGCUCUGUGCUCAACCACCCCUUCCAGCUGUGAAAAUGAAAAGUUUCCAUAAGUGGAGGCCAUUUUCUUUGUUCACUCGGCUGAAAAUUUGCCCUCCACACUUGGCCACUUGCCAACGGUAUUAUUCCACAAAUAAUUUAUACAAGGUGUGGUAUUAUUGUCAUCCAGAAAUAGCAACUGUUCAAAAUGACAAGACACUACAACCAGUGUCCUUUUCAGAGUUGGACUUUACGUAUGCUGAUCCUUGAUGGUCAGUGUGACAUUUGUAAACUCUUGAGAAAGUGUUGCUGAGUGACAUUUGCUACAAUGCCUGGCUGAGUUCCAUGGUCAUUUGAGGGUUCUACACACCCUGAACUUCCAUGGUCUAAGUUGCAUGUGUUCUACCUCGGUGGGAAUGACUAUAGCUGUUGCCUAGCACUCCAUACAGAAUUCACCAGAACAUGUUAACAACAACCUUUCUACGACACAGGAAAUCCCUGCAUGUUCACAUGUCAUCUGGUGUGAAGUGAUUAAUGCCUUAAAUGUGGAUUGAGUAGACAUCAACAUUAAUCUUACAGUGCCCUCAACCUCUCUGCAUCCUCCUCUUCUGUGAUUGGUUCCUACAGAGCCAAUCAUGUGAGAGGAAAGGGUUCAACUUCUGCAGCACAGAAGGGCUUAAGAUUUACCCUCAGUCUCAAGAAACUACCAUUGUUAGCCCUUAAAGGAAUAGAUUGAGUGUACGUCCCGCCAUCCCUCAUGUAACCCAAAGUCUGUGAAAGUCUUCACAGUGCGGCGUUCGUGAAAUGGUCUGCAUAAUUGGAUGUUUCUGUUCGAGGACCAUUGCAAAAGCAAAAGUUUAUCACCUAGAAACUGAGGAGGUGGAGAUCGUUGAAGAAAGUAAAAUCACCAUGUGGAUAAAGCAGCAAUUCGCUACAUGUAUGUGAAGGAUUUCACAGAUUUACCCCAAAUAUCUAUUUAGACCCACUUGAGAACAUGAUCACACACUCCCGCUCUGUAGUUGUGGGGACAUACAUGUACACUUGACAUUUCACCUAUUUUGUGGGGACCGAAAAUGUGGGGACUCGGAAAUGUCCCCACAACUCGGUUCAAAUUUCCCUAACAAAAGAACUUGUCCCCUGAACAUGGUGAAUGCUUACCCACAUGAACUGCCGUAAUUUGCUUACCUUUAUCUUUACGAGAGAAAAAGGAGCAAACGGUUGUGUUGAAAAGAAAUCUAAUGACUAGUUUAAUCAGUUUGUAUGCCUCUGUACUCUGCAAGGUGGCUCAUAAGUGUGUCAGUUCCUUGGAAACCUGAGUGUGUAAUCCAUCAGUGAGUGACAUGAGGAAAUUGGUGUCUCAUGGCCCAUGUAUAUUUAACUCUCUCCAAACAAACUACGCUCUGCAAAGAGCCUGUAAAGGAACUGUGUGAUUAUGCUGGAUUGAUGGUAGCUGUGCUGCAUUACUGGGUUCGUUAUUACUAUGUCUUGAGAUGAACAGAGAAGAGCUGUAUGGAUGCAAGUGGAGUAGAUUGGACUGUGUACAUGUACUUUGAUGAACAAACACAUCAACAGUGGAAAGUGAAGACUAUGCUGUUAAGGCAGGUGAAACAAAGGUUUCUAAACUACCCAGUAAAACACAGUAGCACCUGUCAGUACAUUCAUGUACAGGUACAUAGCACUUUCCCAUUUUGCACAGCAGACCUGUUCACUUAAUUCCAAAUGAUGGUGUCAAUAGACUUAUGUACAUCAGUACAUGCUUUGUUUAUGUGAACAUGUAUGCAUUCCAGUGGAGAUUCAAACCAUUAUCCAUUUGGCUCCAUUAACCCUAACCCUUAAGGUUUACUAUAAGUCACAUAGAAUGUCAUUGAAUUUGGUAUGAUUAGGGAUAACAAAGCACUCCUGUAAACAAUGUGUCACAUCAUCGUACAUAGGCCACCUGUUGUUGGGUUAUGUGUGACCAGCAUAAGUUAUUCAAAUGACCCUGUCACACAGUGCAUCAAUUAUGAAGUGCCACUUUGAUCAUUAGCUCAGCAACACUGUCUCCUAACCUAGUUAUUUUUACUAUUUUUUAAAAUAAGCAAUGCAAAGAUGUACAUGUAUAUGUAAAUGAAUAAUUUAUGUUUUCUUUUUCAUCAAGGUCUUUGCUGUUUUGUUUCCAUUUCUGCUGUGAUGUUACAUGAUGAUUAAAUUGGAGGAAUCUUGUAAAUAUUGUGUUUUUCAGCAAAACUUUUAAAAAAUGUGAAUGGACAGGUUUUCAUGGACAUUACAGCAUUGCUUCAGUUUCACUGGUCAUAACAGGUAACUAAGAAGCUUUUCAGUUACAGGCUCUAUUUGGGAUAAUGGGUUGCUCUUUUUCUGCAAAUGUUGACAAUUGUAGAACUUGACUUUGUUAAACACCAGUAUUAGCUUUCGAGACACGUUGAGGCCCCAUAGGUUUCUGUUAUGCCAGCAUAACAGUAAUAAGAUGUUGACUAAAUUGGAGAAAUCUUGUAAAUAUUGUGUUUUUUAGCAAAUCUAUAACAAAUGUGCAUGGACAGGUUUUCAUGAACACAACAUUGACAGCAUACAGAUACUCAUGUAUGGCACAGACUUAAGAGUUCAUUCUUCAGGUGAACGUUAACAAUGCUAGGAAUUUCACGGCGUGGACACCAUGUGCCAUCAGUUUUUCAAUAGUGUAUCACAAAUUGGCCUGAAAUCCACAUUUACAUAAAGAAUGAUAUAAAAUUGAACUAGCUGUAAGGUGGUUAAACUGCUAGUUGGUUGAACUGAUUUGUUACAACGUCGUUAAGUAGUUCAUUGUUUUUCCCAUUGAAAAGAAAUAGCUGUUGGCACUCUUUGGAGAGAAUGUUGUGUCCUGAGGCCACUCCAUUGGAGGUCAGUUGUUGCAAAAUAUUGAAAAGAUUUGAAUACAAGUGUGCCAGGAAAUAUUGUCCAUUUUUUUAUAGACUUUAUACACUACCGAGAAAGCUGUGUCAAAAUACCUAAUUUUCUCUGUUGUUCUCUAUACUUGAAAGCCUGCAUGAAAGAGAGAUGUGCAGUGUUGUAACCUGUACCUGUCUGUCGACUGUCCCCUUCCAGACUUUGUUUCCCAAAAUGUCCCGAGUAGUUUGAUACUUUUAAUUGAUUUUCACAGUAUUCCUUCAUAGUUUUCUAAGCCUCCAUAUUCUCCAAACACAUCAUUGCAGUAUAGAUUCAGUCUUGUUGAGCUCCACCCGCACCAUCAAAAACAGAAAAAGACUCACAGAAUUGUCACAGUAUUUUGUCUUCUUAACCUGUGCAGUUGUUGGUCUGGAACACCAUUCAGACAGUCUGGUGUAGGUUGAUACUAUAGGGAUUCAAUUGUACAAGUCACUUCUAUAUAUAUCUGUUGCUUUUAUUUUAUAGCUUUUGUAUAUUAUGUGACUCAUAAUUCCUGACAAAUGGAGACUUUAAAAAUGUGUGUGCCGUAAGGAUUUGCGUUUGAACAAUGUGUUGUUAUGUACACUGUAUGCUCGGUGCUUUCUAAUAGUCUGUGAGAAAAACAA